AUGCCUUCCACCUACAAGAGGGACAAACCGUGGGACACGGAUGACAUUGACAAGUGGAAGGUCGAACCCUUCCAACCCGAUGACAAUGUCGCCGGUAGUUUCGCUGAAGAAUCUUCCUUCGCCACUCUGUUCCCCAAGUACCGUGAAGUCUACCUGAAGGAAGCAUGGCCCGUUGUGACAAGAGCGCUCGAGAAAUUCGGUAUUGCCUGCACGCUGGAUUUGGUCGAAGGUAGCAUGACCGUCAAGACGACCCGAAAGACGUUCGAUCCUGCUGCGAUCCUCAAGGCCCGUGAUUUGAUCAAGCUGUUGUCGAGAAGUGUGCCGGUGCAACAGGCUCUUAAAAUCCUCGAAGACGACGUCGCAUGCGACAUCAUCAAGAUCCGCAACCAAGUCCGCAACAAGGAGCGCUUUGUCAAGCGUCGCCAACGUAUUCUCGGCCCUGGUGGUUCCACCCUAAAAGCCCUAGAGCUGCUUACAAGCACCUACAUCCUGGUCCAGGGUAACACGGUCGCCGCCAUGGGCCCUUACAAGGGUCUUAAGGAAGUCCGCCGCAUCAUCAACGACUGCAUGGCCAACAUCCACCCCAUCUACCACAUCAAGGAACUCAUGAUCAAGCGCGAACUGGCCAAGGACCCCACCCUGGCGAACGAAUCCUGGGACCGCUUCCUGCCCAACUUCAAGAAGCGCACGCUCUCCAAGCGUCGCGUGCCGUUCAAGGUCACCGACAAGACGAAGAAGGUGUACACUCCUUUCCCUCCGGCACCGGAGAAGAGCAAGGUGGAUCUCCAGAUCGAGUCGGGCGAGUACUUCCUGUCCAAGGAGGCGAAGGAUCGGCAGCAGAAGGAGGAGGUCAUGGAGAGACAGCGGUUGAAGCGCGAGGAGAAGAUGAAGGAGCGCGAGAAGGCGUUCGUGCCGCCCGAGGAGGUGGACGCUGCGGAGGAGAAGAAGAAGGAGAAGAAGGAAAAGAAGGAGAAGAAAGAGAAGAAGAAGCGGAAGCGCGACUCCGAGGCCGCGGAUGUAGAUGGCGACGAUGGUGCCGAGAAGAAGGAAAAGAAGAAGAAGAAGAAGUCCAAGUCGAAAGAGGAUGCGUCGGAUGGCGAGGCGUGA